AUGUCCCUCACAAACGGCUCCCCCGAGGCCGCCGCCACGGCCGCCAAAACCGCCUCCUUCACCCUCGCCUCACUCCCGGCAUCAGCCCGCAACGAGGCUCUCGAGGCCAUCCACGCGGCUCUGACGGCUUCCAAGGACGAGAUCUUGGCAGCCAAUGCUCGCGAUCUGGAGCUUGCGCGGAAGGCGGCGGCAGACGGAACGCUGACGCAGGCGCUUGUGUCGAGGCUGGAUCUGGGCAAGAAGGGCAAGUGGGAUGACAUGCUGCAGGGGAUAUUGGAUGUGAGAGACUUGGAAGAUCCGGUUGGCAAGGUACAGCUGCGAACAAAGCUCGAUGACGGCCUCAUUCUCGAGCGGGUGUCAUGCCCCAUUGGCGUCCUCCUCAUCAUUUUUGAGGCACGUCCCGAGGUCAUUGCCAAUAUUGCCAGUUUGGCGAUUAAAUCCGGCAAUGCUGCUAUUCUCAAGGGAGGUAAAGAGUCCACAGAAUCUUUCAUCGCCAUCUCACAAGUCAUCUCCUCCGCCCUCUCCAAAACUCAGGUCCCCAACUCGGCCAUCCAGCUUGUCACCACCCGCGAUGUGAUUCUCCAGCUUCUGAGCCAGGAUCGCAGCAUCGAUCUGGUCAUCCCCCGUGGCUCCAACGACCUUGUUCGCUACAUCAAGGAAAACACAAAGAUUCCCGUCCUGGGCCAUGCCGAUGGCCUCUGCAGCAUCUAUCUCACUGCCACAGCAGACAAGGAGAAGGCCGCCGUCGCCAUCGUCGACUCCAAGACGAGUUAUCCUGCCGCUUGUAACAGCUUGGAGACGCUACUCGUCCAGGACAAAGCCCUCGACACCAUCUUCCCUGGUGUGGCUGCUGCUCUGGCUGAGAAAGGUGUGACACUCCGCCUUGAUGCUGCCAGCAAGGCUGCCCUCUCAUCCACCUCUCUCCCAGAGGGCACCAUUCUGGAUGCUACUCCCGAAGACUACGAUACGGAGCACCUUAAUCUCACCUUGGCCGUCAAGACUGUAUCCUCCGUCGACGAGGCCAUUACCCACAUCAACACCCACGGCUCUCACCACACAGACUCCAUUCUCACCUCAGACGAGACCGAAGCCGAGCACUUCAUGAACCAAGUGGACUCGGCCGGCGUGUACUGGAACGCCUCAACGCGACUGGCCGACGGUAUGCGCUACGGCUUCGGAACAGAGGUCGGCAUCAGCACCAACAAGAUCCACUCGCGCGGACCGGUGGGCCUGGACGGGCUCACGAUUUACAAAUACAAGAUUAGGGGAAAUUACCAGCCGACGACGGGAUACGGCGAGGGCGAGGGAAAGAGGCCGUGGAAGCACGAGAAGCUGUCUUUCUAA